UCAACUGUUAUACGACGCUAUCAACGCAUGGGGGCGGGAAGUCUUCAGUAAAAUGCCUCAAAUUCAUUUGACAAACAUUACUUUGCAAAAAAAAAUGCAACGCAAGGCAGCGACACAUUCCACUUAAAUAACUAAUUGAAGCGUUAAAUCAUUUGUACGAUAAUCUAUUUGUCGGCUUAACAUCUCGCUGCUAGCAAAGUUAGCUUUAACGUCGCAAGCAGGAAGUCCAAUCCGAGUCUGCGCGGUCAGAGCGAGCAAUGACAACAAGCACCAAGAUGAGAACCUGAUCAGGCAAAACAACCUGUUGAUUAAAAAAAAUAUACCUGUCAAGAAAUGAGAGCCGUUCUGGUAUGGAAAGAAACAACACGUCAACAUUGUGUUUAUGACCUUGCAUUCAAACCAGAUGGCAGCCAGCUAAUUGUUGCAGCAGGCCUACAUGUCUUGGUCUACGAUACCUCAGAUGGCACUAUUAUUCAACCUUUAAAAGGACAUAAAGAUGUAGUCUACUGUGUAGCCUAUGCCAAGGAUGGUAAAAGAUUUGCCUCUGGCUCUGCAGACAAAAGCAUUAUCAUUUGGACAUCUAAAUUGGAGGGUAUUUUAAAGUACACACACUAUGACUCUAUCCAAUGUGUUGCCUACAACCCAGUCACUCACCAACUUGCAUCGUGUUCCUCUGGUGACUUUGGUCUGUGGUCACCAGAGCAAAAGUCAGUGAAUAAGCACAAAGUGAGCAGCAAAAUAACAUGUUGUGGGUGGACGAAUGAUGGGCAGUACCUUGCCCUUGGUAUGAUGAAUGGAGUGGUGAGCAUUCGGAACAAGAAUGGCGAGGAGAAGGUCAAGAUCGACCGUUCAGGAAACUCCUCCAGUCCAAUCUGGUCCAUAGCUUGGAACCCCUCCAAGGAUGAGCAACAUGACAUUCUGGCCGUUGCCGACUGGGGUCAGAAGCUUUCCUUCUAUCAACUCAGUGGAAAGCAGAUUGGAAAGGACAGGAGUCUCAGCUACGACCCGUGUUGUGUCAGUUACUUCUCGAAGGGCGAGUACAUCGUCAUGGGCGGCGCCGACAAACAGGCCUCCCUCUACACCAAAGAUGGUGUGCGACUGGGGGUCAUCGGAGAGCAGAAUUCCAGGGUGUGCACGUGCCGGGUCAAGCCUGACUCCAACUUUGUGGUGAUUGGCUGCCAAGACGGGACAAUUGCCUGCUACCAGCUUAACUUCAGUACAGUUCACGGCCUCUACAAGGAUCGCUAUGCCUACAGAGACAACAUGACUGAUGUCAUUGUCCAGCACCUCAUCACUGAAGGAAAAGUGAGGAUUAGGUGUGGCGAGCUGGUGAAGAAAAUCGCCAUCUACAAAAACCGCCUUGCCAUCCAGCUGCCAGAGAAGAUUAUUAUCUACGAGCUGUUCUCAGACGAUUCCUCAGACAUGCGCUACCGCAUCAAAGAGAAGAUUUGCAAGAAAUUUGACUGCAACUUGCUAGUGGUCUGCUCCAAUCACAUUGUCCUGUGUCAGGAGAAGAGACUGCAGUGUCUGUCCUUUUCCAGUGUUAAAGAGAAAGAAUGGGUGAUGGAGUCCCUCAUUCGCUACAUCAAAGUGAUCGGUGGUCCGCCGGGCAGAGAAGGCCUCCUGGUUGGGUUAAAAAACGGAGCGAUCUUAAAGAUUUUUGUAGACAAUCCAUUUCCCAUUACGCUGCUGAAGUUGUCGACAUCUGUGAGAUGCCUGGAUAUGAGCGCCUCGAGAAAAAAACUGGCUGUGGUCGACGAGCACAACACUCUCCUGGUCUACGACAUUAACAGCAAAGAACUGCUUUUUCAGGAGCCUAAUGCUAACAGCGUAGCCUGGAAUACUCAGUGUGAGGUCAUGCUGUGCUUCUCCGGCAACGGCUACCUUAACAUCAAGGCUAGUAACUUCCCUGUACACCAGCAGAAGAUGCAAGGGUUCAUGGUUGGCUUCAAUGGCUCCAAAAUCUUCUGCCUCCACGUCUAUUCCAUGUCUGCUGUGGAGGUACCUCAGUCAGCACCCAUGUACCAGUAUCUGGAGAGGAAGAUGUUUAAAGAGGCCCACCAGAUCGCCUGUUUAGGUGUGACAGACAGCGAUUGGAGGGAUUUGGCUACAGAAGCUCUAGAGGGUCUUGAUUUUGACAUUGCUAAGAAGGCCUUUAUUAGAAUACAAGACCUACGCUACCUGGAGCUCAUUAAUAGUAUUGAGGCCAGGAAGAAACGAGGAGAAAACGACAACGACUUGUUCCUGGCAGACAUCUACGCCUACCAAGGGAAAUUCCACGAAGCGGCCAAGCUCUACAAGCGUACCGGUCAGGAACCCAAAGCCUUGAGCAUGUACACUGACCUCCGCAUGUUCGAGUAUGCAAAGGACUAUGUCGGUGCAGCAGACCCUAAGACCUCUCGAAUACUGAUGGCCAAGCAGGCAGACUGGGCCAAGUGCAGCAAGGAACCUCAGGUGGCAGCCGAGAUGUACAUCUCAGCCGGGGAGAAUCUCAAAGCCAUUGAUGUUUUAGGAGAGCACGGAUGGGGAGACAUGCUGAUAGACUUGGCUCGUAAGCUGGACAAGGCUGAACGAGAACCACUGGCGAAAUGCGCUUUCUAUUUUAAGAAGCUGAAGCACCACGGCUAUGCCUCUGAGACUUAUUCCAAGAUGGGGGACUUGCAGGCCUUGGUGCAGCUGCACGUGGAAACCCAGCACUGGGAGGAGGCCUUCUCAUUGGCAGAGAAGCAUCCCCAGUUUAAAAACGAUGUCUUCGUGCCUUACGCUCAGUGGUUGGCCGAGAAUGACCGCUUUGAGGAGGCGCAAAAAGCGUUUCACAAGGCCGGGCGACAGAAUGAAGCUGUCAGAGUCUUGGAGCAGCUUACCCAGAACGCAGUGGUGGAGAGGAGGUUCAAUGACGCUGGAUAUUAUUACUGGAUGCUGUCGAUGCAGUGUCUCGACAUUGCCAGAGAAAAUGAAGAUCAGCGAGAUGAAAUGCUGAAAAAGUUUGAAAAUUUUCAAAAUCUUGCCGAGCUCUACCACGUCUAUCACCCUAUUCAGCGCUACACGGAUGAGCCAUUCAGUUCCCUCAUGCCAGAGACGCUGUUCAACAUCUGUAGGUUCCUCUUGAGCAACCUCCCCAAGGACAAUCCACCACCAGGCAUUUUUAAAAUCAACACCUUGUACGCGCUGGCGAAGCAAAGUCGAAAACUCGGUGCAUAUAAACUGGCCAGGCUUUGCUACGAGAAGCUCCAGAAGUUGUACAUACCCUCUCGCUUCCAGGAGUCCAUAGAACUGGACAGCCUCACGAUCCGAGCCAAACCAUUCCACGACAGCGAGGAACUGACUGAAGCCUUGAUGUGUUACCGCUGCUCCAACAAGCCCCUGCUGAACAACCAGGGCACCGAGUGCCUCAACUGCAAGCAGCCUUUCAUUUAUUCAGCCUCAUCCUAUGAGGUGUUGCCGCUAGUGCAGUUCUACUUGGAGGAAGGCAUCAGCGACGAGGAGGCUGUGUCUCUUAUUGACCUGGAAGUUCCUCACACGGAGCUAACGGAUGACCGCUGGCAGCAUAUGGACAAUGAUAUACAAGUUCUAAAGAUGGAUGACGGUUUGGAGGAUCCAGUGGAAGACCCCUUCACGCCCAAAAUGAUCUUUGAGCAGGGUGGCUCGCACUUUGUCCCCGUCAAGGUGAAUCGUUCUGUGCUGCGUUUCAUGAGCAGAAGGGACGUCCUGAUCAAACGCUGGCCCGCGCCGCUCCAAUGGGAAUACUUCCGCUCCCUGCUUCCUGACGUGAGCAUCACCAUGUGUCCCACCUGCUUCAAGAUGUUCCACAGCGAAGACUAUGAACUGCUUGUGCUUCAGCACAACUGCUGUCCCUUCUGUCGAAGACCCAUAGAUGAACCAAACUGAUCAGUCACUGCAUUGUCUGCAGAUUUGUAUUUAUUGUCUCGGUAUGGUACAUAUUAUUCCUUCCUAUUUCCGAAGGAUCACCACUGUAGAUUGUACACAAUUAGCCACUUAUAUUAUAUAAUCAAAUGAAUUCCAUCACUUUAAAGCAGAGGUAGGGAACCUAUGGCUCGGGAGCCAGGUAGGGCUCUUUUGAUGACUGUAUCUGGCUCUCAAGCAUUUCUUACCACAAUAAAAAUGUAUUUUUGCUAGCAUUUUAAAGUAAACCAUGACAGAAAUGACUGUUAAAAAUAAUAUUCAAAAUCAACAACUUUCUUAUGCAUUUUAAUCCGUCCAUUUAUUUUCUACUGCAAUACGGCUGACCAUAUCAAUUUUUCCUGAUGAUAUUUUCCAGGUCAAACACCAAAACUCGAUUAUUACUGGGUAAUGCGGUAUUGUACCUCGGUCAUUGAGAUGUCAACAUGUAAAUAUAAACUUUCCUCCUUUAGUCAAAUAGUCACCUAGCUAAAGCUGCAGAACCAAGCCUUCUGACGAAGAUGGCCAAAAGAAAGAAAUACAUGUACCGAGUAUGGUUCAAAACCAUGCAGCAGCAGAAGUUGUAUUAAUGGCAACAAGUAUUUGAUUUAUUAUUAGACACUGCGCUGCUCACGAAAGUGUGCUGGCCACACCCCAUUAGCGUGGGGUAGUGUGCCUGGUCUACGUAAUUAGAGCCCAUUAUAUCUAAAACUGUUGGUCUUACAUAAAAAUGCACACAUUUUAUUGCAUUCAAUGUUUAAAAAAAUGUAUAUGGCUCUCACAGAUACACAUUUUAAAAUAUCUGGUCUUCAUGGCUCUCUUAGCCAAAAAGGUUCCCGACCCCUGCUUUAAAGGGAAUGUAAAUGGAUGUCACAUUUUUUUUUGUAAGACAAGAACACUAUUUUUGAUCUAUCGUCAUACUUUUAUUGUACUUGUGUGUUUUUAAAUCAUCGCAUUUAUCCGUAGAAAACCUGCAUUCCUCAGGUGUGUAUUCUAGAACUGUAGCAUAUGUUUCAUAAUAGUUUGUUAUUUAGUCAUGAGAACAUAUUUUUAUAUUAUUUAUAUUGUUAUCAAUAAACACUUUGGAAAGAUUUGGCU